AUGGCUUAAGCAGAUAGAAAAGCUGUAAUUAAAAACGCAGAUAUGUCAGAAGAAAUGUCUUAAGACGCCAUAGAUUGCGCAAACCAAGCUUUGGAAAAAUUCAAUAUAGAAAAAGAUAUUGCCGCCUUUAUUAAAAAAGAAUUCGAUAAGAAAUAUAAUCCAACUUGGCAUUGUAUUGUAGGUAGAAAUUUCGGAUCUUAUGUAACUCAUGAAACGAAGCAUUUUAUUUACUUUUAUAUGGGACAAGUAGCUGUAUUAUUGUUUAAAUCUGGUUGAGAAUAAAGACAUUAAAUUUGAAAAAUA